AUGUCCGCGAAGCAGAACCUGGCACUUUCCGCGCUAUCCGGCGAUGACCUAGAGACGUUCGUUGCAGAUAUGCCAAAGGCAGAACUUCAUGUCCAUCUGGAAGGCUGUCUCACCCCAGAUCUGGUACGCGAGUUGGCUGCCCGCAAUAACAUGCCUCCUCCUCCAGGCCUCGCCUCCCUCGACAAGGCAUCUAGCUACGAUUUCCACGAUCUUACUUCAUUCCUAGCAAUCUACUACCCUAACAUGACAGUUCUCCAAACCGCUGAGGACUUCUGUGACCUCGCAUUGUCUUAUCUUAGCAUUGCCUCCAGCCACAACGUUAGGCAUUGUGAGCUGUUCUUCGAUCCCCAAGCACACACGUCCCGUGGCGUAUCUUUCGAUACUGUCAUCACCGGCUACAACCGCGGCCUUCAACUCGCUUCCCAGAAAUACGGCAUCUCCGCUAGCCUCGUUCUCUGCCUGCUGCGCGAUGAAUCCCCCUCGUAUGGCAUGUCCACACUCGUCAGCUCCCUCCCCUAUCGCCACCUCAUCGCCGGCCUCGGCCUCGACAGCGAUGAACGUAACAAUCCCCCUUCGAAGUUUUCUCAGAUCUACGCCCGCGCCCGCCAAGAAGGCUAUCAUCUUACUGCGCAUUGCGACAUCGACCAAGCCAACACUCUCACCCACAUUCGUCAAGCACUCCUCGACUUACAGGUAGACCGUAUCGACCAUGGCACCAACAUCCUAGACGACGCCGAGCUUGUCGAUCUGAUCCGUUCUCGGAAUAUUGGGCUAACAUGCUGUCCCGUCAGCAAUAGCAUAGUAACAGCAGAUGCAAAGUUUCCCGCGAUGCUGGCGCUGUUGAGGCAGGGGGUCAAGGUGACCGUCAACAGUGACGACCCGGCGUAUUUCAGAGCGUACCUGAACGAGAACAUCUUGAAAAUGGCGCGCGAGACAGACGUGACGCGUCGGGAGUUGGUCCUGCUGCAGCGGAAUGCAUUCCACAUUAGCUGGAUCUCGACUUGGCAGAGACAGAAGCUCUUGCAAGAAUUGGAGGAAUACGAACUCAAGACUCUCGGAAAAGCGAGCCCGUGA